AUUCGCGUUUACAAUUCAGUCGCUAAACUUCCUUUCGUCUGAAAGCAACUGAAUAAAACACUUUGGAUACAUUAUUAUUUUCCUCUCGGAGUACUACAACAGUUUCAAACAUUACAAACUUGCUUUUUAAUCUGAAAUAAAAGUCGUAUAAAACUCAAGAUUUAUGAUGAUUAACAAAAAAAAUUGCAGCUUGAUUGUGUUAUUAGUUUUGGUAGCUUUUGCAAGGAGUUCAGAAUCUAUUUUUUCACGAUUGACUAAAAGAUCAACUGACGAUGGAGCGUGUGAACACACAACUACAGAAUUUUGUUUUAAAAUUAUAAAUGACGAUAAAGGAUUAUUACAACGAUUUCAUCCAGACGUUUCACAUCAGAUACGAAAUCAUUACAAAAAUGCCACAGCGAAUUGCAAAGUUCUGUUAUGUGCGAUGACCAUGUAUGCUGUAAUCGUUGAAGGCGAGAAAUACUUUCCCAAUUUACCUUUCAUCAACGACGAAGCAUUCAUAAAUGUAAUCAAAGACAGUAGUUUAGCUGAUUGCAUCGAUAAUAAGAAUAAUUACAACACCGACGACAGUCAUACGAGACAUACUGAAGAAAUAUAUACAGCAACCACUGCAACCAUCGAUGAUAAAUCAUAUACCACUGAUAGCUCCAGUAACAUAGACUUCAAUCAAUUCGCAACUGCUACUACACAACAGGAUACUCAAUCGAUUAAAUCAAAUGAAAUUGAUGGUUCAUUGAAUGAAUCCAAACACGAACCGAGAAAGGGAAUCAUUGAUAUUCUUUACACAAAUGAGAAUUACACGAAUGCAGCGAAAUAUGUGAACGAGCUGACUGAUACGGAAGGAGUUGAAAAUAAUCCAGCGAUAGAAAAUGUUGCUGUUGUUAACCUGGAUGAAUUAGGAACAGAUGCAACGGAUUCGACACCACCGCAUUAUACCUCCGCCUCCGGCGAGAAUGAACGGUUCGAUCUAGAUGUUGCGAACAGAAUAUUAGGUAUCAGAGAAACUACACGCACAGCAAACGAAGACACUGUUUCGACAUCACAAUUUGUUUUUGAUUCAUCUCUCAUCACUUCAACGUCUAUUCCGAUUGAUUCAAUUGAUGCAGAACAGUCGGUAACAAGUACAGUAUCUGACCUAAGCAAUAAUGACAUUACAGUCGAUGAAACUAAACGAAUUCUGACUUUCGAAUCGUCAACAAUGCCAACAACGACAAACACAUCCGCAUUAUCACAUGUCGGAAAUAUAAUUUUUCAGCUACUAGGUGAAGAGGGAUACAACUCAUUUUCAUGUAAUUUAACCACAGCCGACGAAGAUUACACCAGCUAUGUCGGAGACAACACUAUGUAUCGCAGAACCAAUAAAUUGCAUCAAUCAAAUCCAUCACUGGACAAAAAUGCUUUUCAAGCAUCUGAUAGCGAGUCGCUUCCCAAAAUUCCUGCAGAUCUUCGUAAUGACGACAAAAUCAAGUUUUUACUCCUUGAGUUUCGUAUUUUCGAAUUGUGUAAUUUUACUGGCGAGCACCACGACAAUCAGAUCGAGAAUGUUUCGAAAAAAUUAGCGUUAUGCUCGAAUGAAAUUUCUAAACUUAAGAUACAUGUGCAUGGUAAGACCAAAACCAUUUUGGAGCAAUAUUCGAAAGAUCUAAUCGAAGCUGCAAAAAAAUUCAACGGCAUGCAAGAAUCCAGGAUGAAAAUAAUUAAAAUUAUUAACUUAACGGACUAUUUGUCGUCGACAAUUAAAGACACCGAUAUUCCAAAGGAUAUGAAAGGCAAUUUUCACGACCUGAAAGAAUUCCUGUUGGUGGAAUUGAGAAACGAAGACUUAUCCACAUUUCAUCCAGACUCGAAUCAGAAAGACACUUUUAUGAUCCAAUUGUUUGACUAUUUGAUACAAUCGAAAAUUGUGGACAACAAAAAGAAGAAAUUGUUGGAAAUGUUUCGAAAAUUUAUACGAAUUGUUUCUUAACUCUGUAGUGAUAAGAUUAUCAGUUAAAAAAACAAGUGUAACGGAACUAGAAUGUUGGGAAACUGUAAAAGUUGGAAAUUUUGUUAAUUGUAUUCUGUAGCACAUUUGAAUAAAUUAUUUCUGCCAUUUAAA